AUGUCAAGAUCCCUACGCACUGGCCAAAUUCUGGUUGGUCUUGCGUCGUUUUCUGCGACUGCAUUGUGUGCAAACUCAACACUCUUCCAUGGAGGCACCAUUAUCACGUUCGACGAAGCAUCGCAACUCCCUGUAGCUCUUCAUGGCUCUUCGCUACUUGUCACUGGAGAUUCUAUCGCCAAGAUUUUCGAGAGCUCCGAUAACGUGACUCUUCCUACCGGCACUGAGAUCAUCGAUGUCGCAGGCAAAAUUGUUUCUCCUGGCUUCAUCGACACACAUCGUCACAGUUGGCAAACUGCAUACAAGACUCUCGGUUCAAACACUACCUUGGCAGAAUACUUUGGCCGCUACGGUGAAUUCACUCAAGCCGGAACUGUUUUUAGACCUGAGGACAUCUACUACGGCACUCUUGCCGGUCUUUACGAACCUCUGGACGCAGGAGUUACCACUAUUCUUGAGCAUGCUCACGGUACCUUCUCGAAUGAGACAUCGAACGCAUACCUUGAAGCUGUAAUAGAUAGCGGUGUGAGGAUGGCAUUUUGCUAUGCCUUCCACGAAUUGAGCAAUGGCUUCAGCUUCGAAGAACAGCUGGCCAACUUUGCCGACUUGAUGAAGAACGAGAGACUCAACUCACAGGAUUUGGUGCAGAUCGGUAUUGCCUACGACGCUUUCAUUCAGGACAACAACAACACUCGAGCUAUCGUCAACCUGGUCAACAGCAAAAAUGUCUCUGCGCUCACCAUGCACUUCCUGGGCGGUCCUUGGGGCAAUACGAAUUCCCCCAGCAAGCUCGAUCAGCUCGGUCUUCUCAACGGCACUACCCCCGUCGUCUUCUCUCACGCAAGCUACGUCACCACCGAUGAUGCAGAGCUGCUACGCAAGCAUGACCAAUACAUCUCCACCACCCCUGAGUCUGAAAUGCACUUCAAGCCCGCAUCUGGUUACAGAGCACUCUAUCUCGGCAAUUGGAACGUUCCUCGCAAUUCACCUAUGUCCGCAAACCAAGCCUUCACUCUUGCAACUCGCUCUGGUGCUCUUGCCUUGCGUCGUCCUGAUCUCGGCGUCCUUGCCACUGGCAACAAGGCUGAUAUUGUUGUCUUUGAUGGCGAUUCUCCGAAUAUGCUCGGAUGGUCUGAUCCUGUGGCUGCUGUCAUUCUACACUCUCAUGUUGGAGACAUCCGUCACGUCAUGGUCGGUGGUGAAUGGCGCAAGAGGGACGGGCAACUUGUCACCAAGCAGAACAGAACAGAGGUCCAGACCAAAUUUCUGGAUUCUGCUAAGCGCAUUCAGAAGAUAUGGCUCGAGACGCCUUUGCCGGAGAUGGAUGGCGAGUUCAAUGGAAUGUCAAAUGUUGAUUAUGUGGAUGCUUAUACUAUUGAUGCUGUUCGUGGUAAUGGUACUGGAUACUAG